ACAGAGUCUUGGCGGCUUCUACAAACUUGUGCCUCCUAUCACCAACAUCAUCCGUUCAUCUCCUUUUUGAGUGCCGUGUCCAAGAUGUCGCUGACCCCUGACUCUGACCCCGAUGCAACCAAUGGGGGACCACAACAGAUCAUAUGUCAUUAUAACAGGGCGUCUUAAUCGGCCCAGAAGGUUUGGAGAACCAUACAGCCAACCUCUGCUAAGGGGAAGUUCACGUCUUUCAGCCUUUCUCAGGUACAAAAUCCACUGUCACCAUGUCUGACACCGAAGAAGUAGAGCAAGUAGAGGAGGAAAAGCCAAAAUACAAGCCCAGUGCACCUAAGAUCCCCGAUGGAGAGAAAGUGGACUUUGAUGACAUCCAGAAGAAACGGCAGAACAAGGACCUCAUUGAGCUGCAGGCCCUGAUCGAUGCUCACUUUGAGCACAGGAAGAAAGAGGAGGAGGAGCUCAUUGCUCUCAAGGAGAGAAUUGAGAAGCGGAGGUCCGAGAGGGCAGAGCAGCAGAGGAUCCGAGCCGACAAGGAGAAAGAGCGCCAGACGAGGCGUGAGGAAGAGCGACUGAGGAGAGAGGAGGCUGAUGCCAAGAGGAAAGCGGACGAUGAAGCCAAGAAAAAGUCGGUUCUGUCCGGCAUGGGCUCCAACUACAGCAGCUACUUGCAAAAGGCCGACCAGAAGAGGGGUGGGAAGAAGCAGACAGAAAGAGAGAAGAAGAAGAAGAUCCUGGCAGAGAGACGCAAGCCUCUCAACAUUGACCACCUCAAUGAAGACAAGCUGAGGGAGAAGGCCAAGGAACUGUGGGAGGUGAUGCACACCCUGGAGUCCGAGAAGUUUGACCACAUCGAGAAGUUAAAGAGACAGAAGUAUGAGGUCACAACUCUGCGUAUGAGGGUGGAGGAACUGAGUAAAUUGUCAUCUCUCUCAGAAACCGCAUCGACGAGCUGCAGAAGCAUAGCAAGAAGGGAGCCGCUGCCCGCCGCAGAAAGUGAGUCUCCGUGCCCAGAGGCCCCAGACCCAGUGUACGCCCCUCGUGCCACCUGGACCGUGGGCCAGGGCCACAGGAGACCAUGGCUUUCCACAGCAACCCAGAACACACGUAGACCCAUGGCACUGCAAGUCUUAGCGCUCCUCCUGGCACUGCGUGUGCACCGCAAGAAAGAAGCCCUUGGCUGCCACUGCCCCGGUAAUAGAGCCCAUGGGACCUCCUCCCUCUGGACUGUGGUUUGGGUCUCACUGUUUUUUGUAAAUAAAAAUGUGACUCUCCAGCCAUGUUUGUAUGUCUGCUCUUCUCAGAACAUCAAAAAUAUGUCACAAUAAGUGAAAAAGACAAAU